GGCAAACUGAAAAUUAGUCUGGCAGUUUUACUGGAAGUUAGUCUUCAAAGGCAAAAAAUUAUCGCGCGUCAUUCAAGUCUUCCAUAAUUUUGUCAAGUCUGCAAAGAAUGGUGAAGCAAGAAUUGAGAAAAGAGUGAAUUCUAAUUCAGAUUAAGGUUUCCCUCAGUAAUUGUGAACUUACCCAGGAUGGGUAAAAUAUCCGUUACUAUUUGCAUUGUUCUCAUUGUGUCAUCUUCAGCCUUUACUUCAGAGGGGAAAAUUCAAGACAUCAAGAUAGGUAUGUUGGAAAGACUGCACUGCCAUGUAUAUAGCAGUGGCAAUUCUUUUCUUUCAUUCAUCCAAACAUCCCUUCAUUUGUGGAAAAGAAAAUUAAAAUAGUAAUGCUUAAUUUCAGAAUUUAUCGUUGUAUUUUUUGCAAAGCAAUAUCCGCAGUUUUUCCUGUUUAUUGAUCUCCCACGACCUUAAUCAGAAACGUUUUUGGUAGUGACUGCAAUUCAAGUGUGAUGGCACCUCAUUUUUAAUUAAUGAACCAUUUUGGUCUGUGUUGACUGGGGAAAGUGGUUUGCAAACGUGUGUGGUUACGUAUUUAUCUUUGCAAAAAGACAUAAAAAAUAGAUUUAUAUACUAUUAGACCGUAUGAGAAAAAGGUGCUUCAAAAUGAUUUUAAAGGCUACUGCUUAAAAAUGAUCUGGUUAAACAGAGUCUGAACAAAACAGAACGAGUCAGGAGUAAAGUAAUCACUGUGACAUUUUCUUUCGCACAUGCGGUCUAGAAAACCCCUUCAAAAAUUCCCGUCUUGACUGUCGUUCAGUAUUUGUUUUGUUCUUUCAGUUCCGGGAUACUUUUAUUUAACGUUUUUCGCUUUGGUCAUGAAUGCACAAUGCUCGUAACAUCAUGUCUUGAAGUUCUCAUUGAGAGUUUUUUGUGAUAUAUUAUAUACCAGUUAAAAUUUUAGCCAUCAGCUAAAAAAACUCUCUCCUCAUCUGAAAUUCAGAGGUUUAGUCAAUUCUUCUCCUUUCUGUUGGUCAAUCUGGCAAGUCACAGACAUAAAAAAGGCUCAGAAACAUUAAAAAGACAAUUAAACAAAUGCUAUUUUUCUGUGUUAACAAAGACUCAGGGUUAGAUGCAUCACGGUUGAAUGUAAAGUAUGACACAAUUUCAGUUUCUCCAACUUUCCUUUGUUUACCAGCUGACAGCCAGACAAUACCCCUGCUUUUUCUUUUAAGUUUUAUCGAGUAAGAUAAAUAAUUAAUCAAAAUUUUCACGAUAAUUGUGGUUACGUACAGAAAGUGUUUGGCUCUUUUCACCAUUCAUGUUCGUUGAAAGCCAGUGUAUUCUAAAGUGCCUCGAAUUUAACAAUUUGCAUAAAGGAACGCUACCACUAGGGCGAUACCUAGAAAACAUCAUGUGAAAAACGUGAUUUGGGAUUUUUCUCGUUACUUUCAAAUUUUUGUUACAUUUUCUACCCUUGAGGCGCAUAAGGGGUUAGCACUUUCUUAGACUUCACAGCCGAAGGCCAUGUUAUAAACAGAUCCAACAUCAUCCGACUUUAUCCCGUACCAGGGAGAUGAGAUGAGACAUACUGUCAAGCAAAUAUAAUAGUCAUAUGAGAAGCUUAUUUAUAAGUUAUCUGUGCAUCCAGGUCUGGUAAAGCAUACGCAAGUGAUCAUCAGUAGACAAGUAGUACCGGAAGAUUGUUUCUUUUAAACCAUCCUGACCAUAUGAGCAUUUUAUCUCACAGGUGCAUUGUACAGUAAUAAGACCGAGAGCCUCUUUCGCGUUCUAGAAUACGUGAUCAAUUAUCUUCUUCCAAAAAGACUACUACAGCCACAAAACUACAAGUUCACCUUAGGUUCUCAUGUUAUGGUUGAUGGCCAAGAUCUUCUCUCUAAAGGUAGGGUGGAUAAGAUUACUAUUGCCAUUUUAGGGAUUGUUCAGGUUAUGCUUAUACAAAGUACAUGUAGUGAUAAAGCCCGUUAUAGUAUUCAAGCCCGUUUAUAUUUAUGUUUAAUAUUAUGUUAGAAUUAAAACGUUUUUAUGCUACAUCCUGUCAUUAAAUAGCAUGACUGCACAUGAGCGUCACCCGUUUACUAAAGUAAAAACCCUUUAUCCUAAGUAACCUGCAUGAAUAAAAUUAAAUAUCCCUAUAUUUAGAAAUAUUACCGCUGCUAAUGAAAAAUAAUAAUAAAUAUAAUAAUAAUAAUACUAUUCAGAAUAUCUGAUAAUUCAACUUCCAGACUCUUCUCUGGUUGACUACGGAUUCAGCAAUUCUUUAUGUUACAUCGUAACGCCCCAAAGUUCGGGGUCUUUCUUAUGAUCUUCUUUGGCCGGUUUGAGAUCCAUCGGCAGGUCGUCUCAAGUGUAUUGGCUUGCUUUGUAUCGCAUUCUUAGUUCACCUCAUAACCCGGUUUUCUUACAAGGUAGCAGGGAUAACUCGACAGAACGGAGAUUAACUAGUAUAGGAAACACAAAGAGCACGAGGAAAUCCUUCGGAGGAAAAGAAAUAAACAAAAAAACUAUUCACAACGGGUUCUGAUACUGUCCACCGUUGUCUCACAAGGACUUCCUUUAAUUUGCAGAGCUGUUAUCCAACUUUUCAAAGGUAAAGUGUAUUAUCGAUUUGGCAUGUGAUGAUGAAAAGGCUUUAGAUGUGAGUACUGUGCUUCAAGUGCCGUUGAUGAAGGUGGAUUCAUUGAAGGAUAGUACCAUUCACCCGUAUGUUGUGUCUAUCAGACCAUCAAAACAUCUUGUCAGCCAGGCUUUGUUUGACAUCAUGGAUUUCUUUUCGUUUACGAGAAUAGCGGUGGUGUAUGACGGUACGUUUUUUGAAUGCAACUUGUUCUUCAAUUCGGUUUUUGAAGUAAUCAAUAAAACUCGAGAAGAGUUUCGUAUGAUAUUUAGACAUCAAGAAGCAAUCUCACAUGAAACUCUUAAGUUCGAGUAUUUAUUGGUAAGCUUCCGAUUCUCAAAUAAUGAACUGAUCUUUACGAAAUUUGAGGCUAAAGUUCGUAACGUUUACUCCUUGUGAAUUCUGCACAAAUUUCGAGGGGCUCAGUUUUACUGAUUCAGCAAUUCAUUAGCUAGAUAAAGCAGUAUACGAGCUAGAUAAAAAAAAGGGAAAACUGGUAUUAUUAUUUGGACACUUGAAGGACCUAAAAAUUUGUUGUUUCGUCCUUCCUUUAUAAAACGAAAUUAAUGUCACCAGGAAUAGAUUUUAUUUACUGUAGUUAUGUAGCUUAAAUUUUCUCUCUUUUUUAGUACCUAGAAUGAGGGAAGCGUCUCAUUUCUACGCCACAAUGCGUCGAUGGCCACGGUUUGAUAUUCACAUAAUACCUGAACUGGUACUAAACGACAGAAAAAAACUGCGUGAAUCUUUGAAGCGAAUACUUCAUUCACAUAUUAGAGAUAUCGUCAUAUUUUGUGAUCAAAGAGACUUGGCUCACAUUAUGAAUGAGGUGCACAAACUUAAUGUUUUUGGUGUUUUAAUUGCAAUUUCAGUUUUCAUCGAGGUAAUUUUGUUGUGUGCUCUAUGACAGUACUUCUAGUUUCUAUAGGUGCUUCCUAAAGGUGAAGGCUUCCUAAAGAAGUUGAAUUUUAUUGCCUUAAACGUGAAAUCUUUCCGGUAACAUGCCCUCAGUUGUACUCAUUUCGGUUUGGCUUUCUUAGGCUCUGUUUGUUGGAAUAAACGACAAAGAUUACCGAUGGAUUACACCUGAUUUGGUAAGAUCUAUUAACGCUUCUAAUGAGUUAACCAAAUAGUUCUAGUGUUCAUAGUCUGGCAUGACCUUUUUAUCAAGGAAUGCAGACAAGUCGUAGACAAGAAGAGUUAAACUAAAUUUGCCUUUUUAUGAUUUCAUGUCUGAAUUCAAAUUUGCCACUUGAACCCUCGGUAAUCUUCACCCAGCUUUGAACAACUCGGCCCUGGGGCCCGUUUCUCGAAAGUCCCGGUAACUUUACGGGCCCGAAAUCAAAAAUUCAAAUCGAAAUAUAAAGAAUAAGAGCGCGGGUCCUGGCUAGCAAACUACUCCAUUUAGUUUCAUUAACUGACAGUUUUAUCAUGUUAGAUGCAAAACUAUUGAAACCUCGAUCUUUAAUGUAAACGGAGACAGCUUACCGGGCCCGUUAAUUAUCGGGACUUUCGAGAAACGGGCCCCUGGAUUUGAUAGAAACUCGACUUCCAUUGCUCUUAUCAGCAAAUUUUAACACUUGUUUGCCCCCUGAAAUACCAAGUGACAUUGCUUUUAUCCCAUCGAUCCUAAGGCGCGUGCAAAGAUGGCAGGUAUCGAGAAUAAGGUCUAUUGUCUAUGAGAACUUUCAGAUAUACUCUCCCGCUGUUGUGUCAUACAGUAUCGCGCCUUUCUGUUUCUAUUUCCCCUAGAAACAAAUGUUACGUAUCCUUGUCAAUUUGUUUCACUGUUAGGAGGUUGCAGGUGCCAAUCAGACAUAUCCCUCAAUUCUUGGAAUGGUUGGUCUUAGGCUUCAUGUUGGUGAUGAGCAGCAGGCGAGAGUGUUACGAGUGGUGGCAUUAAAAGGAACCACAGUCGAAUACUCACUGGUGGGUUAUCAAAGUAAUCCGUCUUUUUUCUGCUGAUGAUCAGCUAGAAGGCGAAUGUGUCACAGAAAAAACAAUGAUACAGGGGUCAACUUUAUAACACAGUUACAAGUGUAGCUGUUGUUUUAGCUGGUUGAAAACAAUAGACACGGUGAAAGUUACUCGACAUGUAACCCAGGUGCUUGUUUAGCGUUAUCUACUACUACACUGAAAUUACGAAUCUCUUUGACAACGGAUAUGAUGGUCAGGACUAGAAGGACUGUGUAAAGGAAACGUUCGGUCAAUUUUUCGAUUGCUGCGUAUCUAAACCAUGGGUUUGGACGCUUGAGAGAAAGCCGGACAUUUAAUUACGCGAUGUUUUAACACUCAAAGUGUGGGAAAAAGGUGCGGCAAAGUGUGAAUUUAGAUCUGAAUGUCCAUCCUAGCCCCUGUUGUAUGAUGGCUACUUAAUAACUUACAGCUCUGUUUGCAGUCGGUGUAUGCAUCCGUCUACGAUGCAGCAGUUACUGUGGGUAUGGCUUUGACGAAUGUUAUCGCAGGUAGUGACGACAGGACGCAGAUCAGUCUUACUCGUGUCAGCAAUGCCACGUGUGCUUUACGCCGGGCAUCAACACAGCAUAAAGGACCCGGUUGGAAGCUACUGCAGCAUAUAAGAGAGGUACCUUUCCACAGUCAACUCUCUCUAAGAUGGAUAUCGCUGGGACAGGAACUAAGUGUCCGUCAGCAAAUAACGGGAGUACAGAAAGGCAGGGACAAACUCUAGAUGUCCGUUUUACAGAGGUGUCUGUCUUAUAGAGGUGUCCGUCGAGAGAAAGUUGACUGUAUAUUGCCCGUCUUACUGUGGUCAUGGAGGUGCCUAAAGAGCAUGGUCGAGAUAGAAAUAACUUCUGAAAUUAAUUUUUUUUCUUAAAAAAAAAAAAGAAAUUUUAAAACUAAGUUAGUGAAAUUUGGUAUUAGGUAAUUUCCUUUCAAUUGUUUUCUUUCAUCAUCAAUCAUCGAUUAUUUUGGGAAAGCGAUGGCUGAACCACAGACUAAGGCCGCUGAAUACUACACAAAAGAGGCUUUCCUUUCAUUACCGGCGAGAUGGCGUCAUUUCCACUACCGGCAACCUUUACUCUCACUUUCUAUUUCUUGGAUUAAGCGGUACCAAUCCACAAAUUGAAACCCCUAAAAUGUACGAUGAGCACCUCCUUCACUUCUAUAGGGAAGUACCCCCGCGCAUGGAUCCAUCUUUCUUGAACUCAGUUUAAGGCGUCAAUUUGACCUGUUUAAAAUAAACCACUAAAGUAUAAAUGAUCGUUAAAUAUAAAGUUUAGUCUCAUUUCCGUUGUAUUCAUAAUUAAUCUAAUUAUUUUUUACGUAGUUUCUACAGGGAUGAUUUAAGCUUUUGUCCUGAAGGGUCCUCAUCUAUCUCAAGGGUUUCAUAAGCAGGAGUGAAAAUAUGUCCUUUAUUACCAUCUGUUCUCUUAAUUCAAAGGUUAAAUUUCAAGGUGUUACAGGAGAAGUGCAGUUCGACCAGGUUACUGGUGAACGGAGACUGCAUAACGGUCUUGACAUUCUGAAUAUUGCUGAAGAUGAAGUAAAAAAGGUAUGCCAUGAAUAAUCGAGACCUACAACAAGUUCCCACAACACCAAGAAACACGCACUGCUCUGUUAUUUUUGCUUUAUGCUUUUCUCGGCUAUUUUUUAAGUCAUUCUUGCAAGUCAAUUGUCAGGGUUUAAGUUAAAUUAUUACAAUUAGUUUGGUAAUUUUCUUGGUAUUAUUUUGCAGGUCGGCUCUUGGCGACCUGAACCGGGAAUAAGACAUUACCAUGUUUCGUUAAAUGAAAACGAAACGGUUCGUUGGGUGGGAGACUUUGCUGAAAUUAUAAAAUGCCAUAAUCCAGGUGCAACUGGGCCCCAUAAGACGGAACCUCUUCCUCGGUUAAAGGUCACCACUUUUUUGGUAAGGACACGUGUUCACACCUUGUUAGCCUUGUUAGAGAACACGUGUUAUCGAACUAUUUUUUGUGUUUUCGUAACAUUAAAGGCUACUGGCCAUUCUUCACAAAUGUCUAAACCUAGUAACUUUUUGUCUUAUUAGAUCGAAGAAAUCAGUGUUUUCCAUUGUAUUGAUCUCACUAGUCGCAAACUAACGGAACUUAAGCCGAGGAAAAAUGGGACUACAACUGUCGAUCAAAAGAAAAUCCAGCCCGACCGAAUUGUUUCAUUUACAUUUCGAUCAAAAGUUUGAUAAUUUUUUCAUUAAAUUGGGACUGGGAAGGAAAAUGUUUGAAAGAGGAACGGCAAGUUUUGGUCGAAACGGACUGUCCGCUCAAAGAGCCCACUAGCUCUGGAGGGGGACCAAUGAAAUGGGCAACCGAACUUUCACGAAAUGCUUCGGCAUGAAAGAAAGCUCCCAUUUUAACACUAGGCUAUAAUUGUUAUAAAGCAUGCAAUGCCUCAAACACCAAGAAACUUAAUGGUACUUCUUAUAAUUCUUAUUUUGCUGUUGUUUCAGGAGGAACCCUUUGUUGAAAAAGUGAACGAAUCCGUGAGACUUCCAAAAGGUGAUAUAGUUCCUAAAACUCUUCUUCAGGGGUUUUGCAUAGACUUAAUAGAAGAAUUAUCAAAACUUGCGAAGUUCGAAUACGAUAUUUACUUGGAUAAAAACUACGAUGGAUUGGUGGAAGAGUUGACACAACAGGUAGUGUAUGUUUCGAGGUGAAAUUGUUGUUUCCAGUUUUACACUGAUAAACCAAAGAAGCAAUAUAAAUGAAUGGUACUUUUAUGUUUGUCGAUCUGUGCUUCCUUGUAUUUGCUGUGUCAUUUAUACCUUCUUCUAACUUUUUGAGCUGUUAUUUAACGUUUCACUCAAUUUGUUGACAGUUUCCUCUUUAUGAAUUUUCAUACAUUUCGUGACACAGCUCCUUUAGCAUAAAAGGUUUCUCUAAAAGAUGUAACACUUUUCUCUUGCAGAAGAAAGAUAUUGCGCUUGGUCCCAUCACGAUAACUGCUGAGCGCGAGAUGCGUAUCGACUUUAGCAAACCAUUCAUGGACUUCAGCAUCAGCCUUAUUAUGCAGAAACCGGGAGAGCCUGCAAUUGACAUCUUUGCCUUCCUCAUGCCUUUCACGGGUGUUGUGUGGCUCUCUAUAGUUGGAGUGGUGACGUUUUCUUCUGUCUUCUUUUUAUACUUUAAUACAUUAUACAAAUAAUUCAAAGGUUCAGAUAUGUUCCCAUAUGUUUGCCUACUGUCUUAUGCUUCUUUUAGCUUACGUUUAUUAAUAACCGUUUUUCUUAUUUAGAGGCAAAUUUAUGGAGGCCUUUAGCGAGGCAAAUUCGUUAGAGACGCAAACACCAUUAACAUCUACACAAGCUAAGGGGACUGUUUUAUGACGUCCCUACAGAAAAAUUGCAUUUACCACUUUGAUGUUGAACUUACACAACCUUGAAUCGUCCGUUUGUGAGAACGCGUAGGGAAGACAGGAACAAAUUGAAGUUUUAAAUGGCUGACUAACUCUGCUCAGUGCUUGAAAUUAACUUUUUGAUGUACUGGUCCAUUGUCCAGUUCAUUCAGAUUUUCACUGAACAAAAUGCAAUAGUACAGGAGUACUAUUGCUUUCUUAUAUAUAUUUUGUUUUUAGGUUUUUGUAGUUCAAUGUUGCAAUUGGUCGCAAGAUAAUUACGUAAAUGGAAUAACCUAAUAGACUAACAGCCCUUUCUUUUAGGUACAAACAACUGUACUCUUACAUCUAUAAGUUCGGCAGCUAAAAAAUAUUCAGUAUCACGUGGCAUUGCAGUGACUUUUAAAAAAAUCCUAUGGAAGAUUAGGAUAAUAAUAUCGCGAAGUCCAGUCGCACCCUUAAUCGCACUCCAUCAAUCCAAAUAAGUUAUCUGGUGUGUAUAAUUCCUUAGUUUUUUUUUUUUUUCUUAGGUUCUUGGUAUGACAGUAGUGAUGUAUGCAAUGGACUAUUUAAGCCCUUUUGGUUACCAUGCUCGAGCCCAAGCAGCAAAUAACGAACCUGGAAACGAAUUUAACUUGUUAAACAGCCUUUGGUUUGCCACAGCUUCGAUUCUGCAGCAGGGUCCGGACAACACUCCACUGGCUCCUUCUGGUCGCCUUUUAGCCUCUGCGUUCUGGUUUUUUACGUUGAUACUGAUAUCUACUUACACGGCAAAUCUUGCUGCUUUCUUUACAAGUAUGUAUUGGGAACAUAUACUUUGAAUUAUGUGGAUUUUAAAAAAGGAACGCUAAAUACUAUGCUGAUGAGACAGAGCUAGUAGUUUGUUACCGUGGACAGCAUAUACAUAAGUAGAUUUUACUUGUUCUCUAAAAGUGGCUUUGUCCAAUAUGCAAAAAAGCUUUCUAAUGCUUGCCAUCACUGUAUAGAUGUCUAUAUUCUUGUCACUUCCUUUCUGAAUCUUACAGUUCACCAAUCGGUUCGCAUCUCUUUCUCAUUAGCCAAUCAUUCCUCUGCUGCUCACUUCAGUUUUCAAGAAUCUUGUACUUUUAAGCCAUAAAAUUCAUUAUUAUUCAUUCAGCAUACAUCUCCUUUUCUGAUUGGCUCAAAUCCCACUGCUAAUUCUUCAUAACCAGCUACCGUUGACCAAAUUUGGAAGCCGUUUGCGAUAUAUGGAAAAUUAAGUCAAUAGUACAUCAUAAAUGAAUGCGAGAAAAAUGGACAGCCACCGAGAAGCUCUGGGGACGAGGUUACGUUGUUUUGGUAGAGCAGUAAAAAACGGCGGAAGAUUUCACAUAAUUCCCGAAAAAGAAAUGGCCUAAAAGAUAGCAAGAACAACAAGAAUACAACUCGACGGACGACAUCUGCUAUUUGGAGAAUAUGUGCAGAACUUAAAACAUCUCUUUAUCUCCUGAACUUGCUGAGAUAUAGGCAGAUAUAGACGGGACCUUAACAUCGAUCGAAGUGAGAUUGUUUAGCUUUUUUUAGAAUUAUGUUUAAUGCGAUGUCGAGGUAUUUUCUAUUCUCUUCCUUAGUUAAAAGAACCGUUGCUACGAUAAACUCAUUAGAAGAACUGGAAAAUCAAACCGAAAUUAAAUAUGGAGUUCUUCGCGGGGGAUCUCUGCAGAAAUUCUUCCAGAAUUCAGGCGACCAACUUUACCGACGAAUGUUUUCCCACAUGCGUGAAUACGAUACAGCUGUUAAUUGUACCGCAGAGGGGGUCGAGAAAGCAAGAACUGAACAGUACGCAUACCUAACGGAGCAGCCAUUUCUCGAAUACUACAACCACCAAAAGUGCAAUACCAGGCUGUUAAACAACUUGCUACAGUCCCAAGCAUACGGAAUUGGGUUGCAGAAAGACUCCGAGUACACUAACGAAAUUUCUGUGGCAAUCCUAAAAGUGAGUAUAGUCACGUUAACGGCGCUUAUCUAAAUGUUCCCUGGCCUGCAAAGGGACAAAACGUAGUGAAUCAGAGUAUUCUGCAAGCAAAAUACAUCUUGAGAUGGUCACAGGUUGAUAACUGUUCAAAAAAAGUUUACUCAAACGGACUUUUGUCUUAUGCGGAGUCUUCCUCAGUAUUCAUGUAAUAUUAUUGACAUGAGAAGUGCAUUUAUAUAAUGUACAGACGCCAAGCAGUGAGCUGAAAAAGGAAACCAGGACAAGUCUAGAAUUGUCAAUAAAGUAAAGAUCAUCGUAUUUUUAAAUCUUUUUCAAGUCUAUUACGAAUAGAAUUUUCAAAAAUUGGGGUGUGUUGUCAAAGAUCUCACAUUUCUCCCCCUGCAAUAGCUUUUCUUUUUGAAAUUUGAACAAUGAGUGUAAAAGUCCUCAAUCUUGAAAUGUUAAUAGUCAGCUGUAGUACGGAUCAAACUAUAAAAAUAUGCAACAACCACGGUGGCAAUUGCGACGCAGCGCAAUCCGUCGCCUGUCCGCUGCACCGUCGCCUAAUAAAGACCUACCAGUCAACCAUCGAAACGUCACUAGGGAGUUUAAGAUACCACGGCAGCGACGCCGACGAAAAUGACGCUUAAAAGUGAAUUUGUGUCCUUAUGAUCAGGUUGUGCUUAUUUCAAUUCGCCUACUUUGUCAAAUGCAGGCGAACUCUUCUGGAGCCGAAUCCCUAGCAACCAUAUCCAAGUUCAGAAAGAAAUGAAAAAGAAAAUUUCGUCGUCACUUGUCUAUGUCCUCCAUAAAACGUGAAAUGAGGCUUUUUCACGUCGUAGUUGUGCAGUGAUGGCAGUUGUUUUUUUCCCAAGCAGUCUAUUGCCUUUUUGACGUUCUCGUUGCUGUCGCCGUCGUCGCAUCUUAAACUCCCUAUUAUAUCUAUAUUUCGGUGCUUUUAUCAGGAGACAGACCAUAAAAAACCAUAGAGAAACUGCUUAUACUUGGUAACGUUGAGUGAGUGAGUGUCUGUGAAACAGCCACAGCAUCUGCUGUCAGUAAAUAUUGUGAGAAGGUAUAGACGUGACUGUUUUUUAAGUUCCCUCUACCAAUGCACCUUCUUGUUCUUCUACAGUUGCGGGAAAGAAAUUUCGUUGAGAGGAUUCGUCAUAAGUGGUGGGACGAGCGGAGCAAGUGUCCAAAGCCGAAGCAGUCAAAAACUGGAAACACAAAACGUCUCGACCUGAAUAACAUGGCUGGAGUAUUCUUGGUUUUGGUUGGUGGCGUCAUCAUUUCUCUGGUACUGGUGGUUUUUGAAAUAAGGUGUAAAAAACUGGUCGAAUACUUCACAAGCGGUCAGGUAAUACUGCCAGGUAGUAGGAAAGUUGAGUGUUUGGUAUGUAUCUGCAUUAAUAACGACAUUAUGUUGACCACUAUUUCCUUGUUAAUGCAUUGGUUCAUUUUUAUCCAGCAAAGCAAUAAAGCUCCAAGCGAGAGGAGGAAUUGCCAAGACAAUUUUUGUGCCUCAUGGAAAUGUUUGCGGGAAAAUAGGAUUUUUAUUUUUUCUCGUACUGCUUUGUGUUAGUUGAUUAGGAGAGUAAUUAUUGGCUUGUCGUGUUGCAAAACUGCAUCUCAAUAUUAUGCCUAGGGGUAAGGCACUUGGUCAAAUGUCACUCCCCAAUUUGUGGUAGCGUCCAUUCACUUCUGCUACUCUUCAAGACAACAGCGAUUUUCAAGUAUUAUUUACCAGAUUUUCUUGGGAAGCUAAGUUAAAUGUGUAAAAAAAACAUGAUCCCGGGGCCAGCCAUGCUGGUUUCUUUGUAUCAGCUAGUGAGAAAGGUUCCUAGAAAAGACUACUAUAAAUGUCUUGCUCUUAAUGGAGCUUUAAGCCGUACAGAGUAUUUAGGUAGUCUCAAUGUACAUUCAUCCAAAGAAGAAUUUCUGAAAAGUAUUUUUCAAAUCAUAUUCAUUUCCUUUUAGGCCACUUUAAAGCGACAAUCAAACUGCGAGUCACACGAAUACGAGCCGAUUGACAGAACAGUAAGAGUGAAGGUGGUAUUGGCACAAGGUGAUAAGGUUCUAACACCCAAGCCCGACAAGAGACAGAAAAAGUCCACUUGGAAUAACUUGCUGAACAAGUAAUAAAGGUAUAGAAUAUUUCUGAAACGUUUUCUUUUGUAGCCUUUAAGACUGGUAAUUUGUUAUUUACUAUGGAAGAAAAAAUCCAAUUAGAUUUGUCAACAUUUUAUCAAAGUGAAAGGGCAGAAACAAACCAGGAUGUUCCAGCCUAACCAGAGUUUCUCUCUGGUUAAGCUGGAAGGCUAGCGACGUUGCGGCAUUUUAAGCACUUUCUGCAAUAACCUACAUGAGGGAAAUCUGCACGCCAGCUAAGGUUCAACUAAGCGUCAAAGCAGAAUGCAUAGAAACUACAAGUUAGAGUAAUAACAUUUCUCCAGGGCAUUGCUGCUGUACCUUAUUCUUCACCGGUUGGCAUGUCCACGUUCUUUCUGGUUGCUGAAGUCUGCAUUGGAGCCAAGUGGCCCAUCAGGUCAGAGCUUAACCCCGAUUUCUGCAGAAUGAAGUGACCUGGAAUAUUUCUUUUCUCCUCCUGGAAGCCGUAUCUUAGUCGUCCAUCACAGGGUUACAUCCAGCAUCUAUAAGUUUGCUGCUAGUAAUUUAUACAUCUAGAUGGAGUGAAGCAUUGUGGGAAUAGAGUGUUUAGCCCAAAACACAACAAAAUGACCACGACAGGGCCUAAACUUGGACGUCUUGAUACCGAGUCACAAGCACUAACCACUGAACAACCACACCUCCUUUCGAGGUCAGACUUGAGUCAAAUGUUCGGAACCCAAGACAACCCAAAUCUCCUCUGCAGAUAAUGAGACGAAAGCUGGUACGUAGCUGGGUUUUCAGAGUAAUAGGCUGUCAUUAUUGUUAGUAACCAUUGGAACGUCACAAGCUUACGGCUCAGUCAACAAACUUUUUGCCUUUAAUAGAUCCUUUGUAACAUUCAUGUAGAAUAUCAAACGCGGAAAAGAUUGUGUUAUCCUGAAUGUCUAGAUAGCAAGAGCCCGGGGAGAGGGUACUCCCUCAUAUGGCCUACACGGGGAUAUUGCCGCUUCGCGAAAACAAUUGGACCAAAGUGAACAAGAAGAAAGCCCGCCGCCAGAUUUUGUAAAUCCAUGGAUACCUCUAUUCGGAAGACGUCUCAAAAAGAAGUUCAAUUAGAGACUAUUUCCCCUGCUGCAGACGUUUAUCAGAACCGAGUAAAUCAAACAUUUAGAGAUUACUGGGCGUUUGGAACUGGACGCCAUGGCGGGAGUGGCCCAUCAGCGUGCUCUCAUUAAGUCAUAUUUCUCUAAUUUCAUGUAACUAGAGAAAUAUGACUUGCGCGCACUAUCUAACAGACAUUGAUCUGGAAGAGGUCGUUGAUCCGUUUGCUAAGAAGCGCCCAACGUGGCACAUUACUGAAAGAUGAUGAUGAUCAGCAGCAAACCUAGUGAAUAAUCAGAUUUAUCACCUUCUUUCCACUUUUUCUUUUUAAAUAGUGACAUUGCCAUGCCAUUUUCAAGUAUCAAAAUACAUAUGUUAAGUAGUCACUUUGCUAGAGUAUCAGUUUUGAAGUUCAAACAUUUUGCGAAAUAUCCGCGUUUCGCUUUUGGCUACCUGUUUUCGUAUCGUGCCGCCUUCAAAACGCUCGAAAUGCCGUCUCAGACAACCUAAGUUGAUUUGAUUUAAUUUUAAUUUAAAGGCUUCAUUUAUGAUAAAUUCGUGGCCCUCGUUACACUAUAAAAAGAACCUAAAAAGUAAAGUCAGUAUAUUAUAAUGAUUCUAACACUAUGUACAUUAAACUAAAAAUAUCGACAGUUACAUUAACAAUACAAAAAGUUUAAAAUACAUUCAAAAAACGGCCAAAAUUUCCUGAAAUAAAUCUCAAUUUAAAGAAGCUUCACACCUAAACGACAGGGAAAACGUUCUGAUUAGUUAAAAAUGUCUUGUAUCUGCGCUUAAAACUGGAAAUUGGUGCUUUCUUCCUGAUGCUGGAUCAGUAGCGUUGCGUUCUGUAAUUGUCCUAAUCGUGGAGGUUUGCCCUCUCCCCGUUUUUCUUGUGGAAUUCCUCCCCCCUAUCCCUAGAGACUUGCGCCUCCGGCCUCGUUUGGUCCGUCUCCUCGUAGGAUCGCACCCUCCCGUAAAAUAUCUUGGCUACGGGCCUGCUCUGUCCUAAACAAGGUAUACAAUUUCGCGCAAGUUUGUCCCAAACAGUGUACAUGUCCUUUGUCCUAAACAUGGUAAUAUAUUCCAGGGUUUUACCCUAAACAGGGUAUGUAUUUUAGACCAAUUUGUUCUUUCCUAAAUAGGGUCAGGUUUCAAACCCACAGCGGCUCACCUAUACCAAAAUAUUUGUCGAGUACCCCGCACCCCCCUGAGCAAGAGCUGGGUUUAAAACUAUUAUUAUUUUGAAAUUUGUCCUUUGCUAUUUUUUCUUUAAAUUUUGUUUUAAGGCACUUCUGUCUAUCAUAUUCUUUUUUAGUUAUAUGAUAAGUGAAGCCGCAUUACUUCCUUUACAGUUAUUUCAAGUAACUGAAUGCUCCGAUAUUAUUUCUGCAGGACGAAGCUGGAAACCGUGACAAUGGUUACUGCUACGGAUACAUCUGAGAAUAUAAACCCUCAUAAUCUAGUAAAUACUAAAUGUUAAUGUAAACAACUACGCUCCUGCCUCCCAUAA